CAGUCAGUCACAGACUGUGCUUUCUUAGCUCGUGGGUAUUGUUGUAUCAGAGGCGAUCAGAAAGAUAUAAGGAAAACGAACAAUAACAAUAGUCGAAAGGACAAAAGAGUGAGAGAAAGGGGGCAGACCAUUUUACAUUGGAAAUCUGCUCUUUUGAGGUGUUGUUCUCCACUCGUGCAUGUUCAAUUCGGAGGAGUAUAUAGAGCCGUAGGUCGGCCGGACUUCUAGUUUCACAUCAAACCGCACUAUCAAACAGAAGGCAUGAUUCUGAGACGGAGUUCAAUCUGUGCUGCUUUUUCUAUACAUGUCUUCUUGCAAUGUUUGUGGAUUAAGGUGUCCGUGGCAUCAGGACACUUCGAAUUGCAAAUCGUGUCGAUGCAGAACGUGAAUGGCGAACUGCAGACUGGCGUUUGCUGCGAUGGAUCUCGGAAUGCUGUGGACCGCAAAUGCACUACGGACGAGUGCGAUACCUAUUUUAAAGUGUGUCUAAAGGAGUACCAGUUGAAGGUCUCUCCAGCGGGUCCUUGCAGUUACGGGACGGCUUCUACACCCGUGAUCGGAGGGAAUACUUUUUCUUUGCGAAGCAUGAGGAGUGACAAGUCCAGGAUUGUUUUACCGUUCAGCUUCGCUUGGCCGAGGUCCUAUACGUUGAUUGUGGAGGCAUUGGACUUCAACAACGACUCUACCACAGGCAGUGUUGGAGGGGAGGUGAUCGAGAAAUACAUUCAGUCAGGCAUGAUCAACCCCGGCCGCCAGUGGCAGAGUCUGAAACACAACGGCCUGGUGGGUCAGUUUGAGUACCAGAUCCGUGUUAGCUGUGACGAACACUACUACGGCUUUGGCUGCAACAAGUUCUGCCGUCCGCGCGACGACUUUUUCGGCCACUACAACUGUGACCACAACGGCAAUAAGACUUGUCUGGAUGGAUGGUCCGGACCAGAAUGUAGCACUGCUCUUUGCAGGCAAGGCUGCAGUGCCGAACACGGUUCCUGUAAAUCGCCUGGAGAUUGCAAAUGUCUGUACGGCUGGCAGGGCGAUUACUGCGAUAAAUGCAUCCCUCACCCUGGUUGUGUCCACGGCAGCUGCGUGGAGCCCUGGCAGUGCCUCUGUGACACCAACUUCGGUGGCCAGCUGUGUGACAAAGACCUGAACACAUGCGGUACCCAUCAGCCGUGCACAAACGGUGGCACUUGCAGCAACACCGGACCUGACAAGUACCAUUGUGCCUGCCCCGACGGCUUCUCUGGCGUGAACUGUGAGAGAGCGGAUCAUGCCUGUUUGUCGGAUCCCUGUUUUAAUGGAGGAAGCUGUGUGGAGACCAGUCAAGGAUUUGAGUGCCAGUGUGCCCCUGGCUGGACCGGACUCUCUUGCAGCACCGAUGUGGACGAGUGUUCUCCCAACCCCUGCGGCCAUGGGGCCACCUGCCAGGACCUGGUCAAUGGCUUCAAAUGCACCUGCCCCUCCCAGUGGACCGGCAAGACCUGCCUCAUUGACGCCAACGAGUGCGACGGCAAUCCCUGUGUGAAUGCUAACUCCUGCCGCAACCUGAUUGGAGGGUACUUCUGCGACUGCCUGCCUGGUUGGAUGGGCCAGAACUGUGACACAAAUGUUAACGACUGCCAAGGCCUGUGCGAAAACGGAGGAACCUGUAAGGACAUGGUGAACGGGUACCGCUGUCUGUGUCCGCCAGGCUUCAGCGGUGAGCACUGCGAGAAGGACGUGGACGAGUGCGCCAGCGGACCUUGCCUAAGCGGUGGCCGCUGCCAGGACGAUGUCGACGGCUUCCAGUGUCUGUGCAUGCCCGGCUUCUCGGGCCACCUCUGUCAGUUGGAUAUAGACUACUGCAUGGAGAGCCCGUGUCAAAACGGGGCCCAGUGUUUCAACCUGGCUACUGACUACUUCUGCAAAUGUCCCGAAGACUACGAGGGCAAGAACUGCUCCCAUUUGAAGGACCACUGUCGCACCACACCCUGCAAAGUGAUUGACAGCUGCACGGUUGCGGUGGCGUCCAACAGCACCCCAGGGGGCUUGCGCCUGAUUUCGUCCAAUGUGUGCGGGCCCCAUGGGCGUUGCCGGAGCCAGGCUGGCGGCCAGUUCAGCUGCGAGUGCCAGGAGGGCUUCACCGGGACCUACUGCCACGAGAAUAUUAAUGACUGUGAGAGCGGCCCAUGUCAGAAUGGGGGAACGUGUAUUGACAAAGUCAGCUUGUACCAAUGCAUCUGUGCUGAGGGCUGGGAGGGACCUAAUUGCGAGAACAACAUCGACGACUGCAGUACCAACCCUUGUCGCAGCCGUGGCACAUGCCGGGACCUGGUCAACGACUUUUACUGCCAGUGCAGGAAUGGAUGGAAGGGCAAGACUUGUCACUCAAAAGACAGUCAAUGUGACGAGGCUACGUGCAACAAUGGUGGAACAUGCAAUGACGAGGGAGACACUUUCAAAUGCAUGUGUUCAGCCAAUUGGGAGGGAGCUACCUGUAACAUUGCGAAAAACAGCAGCUGUCUGCCCAGUCCGUGUGAGAAUGGAGGCACCUGUGUGGUCAGUGGAGAUACUUUUACCUGUGUCUGCAAAGAGGGCUGGGAGGGCCUGACCUGCAAUCAAAAUUCCAAUGACUGCAAUCCCCACCCAUGCUAUAACAGUGGAACUUGUGUGGAUGGAGAUAACUGGUACCGGUGUGAAUGUGCCGCUGGAUUCGCAGGACCAGACUGCAGGAUUAACAUCAACGAGUGCCAGUCAUCACCUUGCGCAAUUGGGUCAACCUGUGUGGAUGAGAUCAACGGCUACCGCUGUCUGUGUCCGCCAGGGAGGAACGGCCCUCGAUGCCAAGAAGUCACUGGGAGACCCUGUGUGGUCAAUGGUCGGGUGGCCGCAGACGGGACCAAAUGGGAGGACGACUGCAAUACCUGCCAGUGCAACAAUGGGAUGGUCUCUUGUACAAAGAUAUGGUGCGGUCCCAAAUUCUGCCGGGUCCACGGUAAAAGCCGUGGCGAGUGUCCAGUCGGUCAGAUGUGUGUGGCUGUCCGGGAAGAGCGCUGUUUUGUCAAGCCCUGCACCAGCCAGGGCGAGUGCUGGUCGGCCUCCCACAGAACCCCGCCUCGCGCCAAAUGCCACUCCGAGAGCAACUGUGCCAACGUCACCUUUACCUUUAACAAGGACACAAUGACACAGGGUGUGACGGUGGAGCAUAUUUGCAAUGAGCUGCGGAGCCUGUACGUGGUGAGGAACCUGUCGUCGGAGUACUCUGUGUCCAUGACCUGCGAGCCAUCAGCCACUGCCAACAACGAGAUUCAUGUAGCCAUUUUGACUGAGGAGUCCAGAAGAGGUAACUCCCCUGUCAAGGAGAUUACAGACACGAUCAUUGACCUGGUCAGCAAGCGAAAUGGCAACAGCACCAUCAUUGCAGCCAUUGCAGAGGUCCGUGUCCAGAGGAGGAAGAGUCACAACCCCAAUGCCGACUACUUGCUCCCAUUGCUGGUGUCUGUAGUGAUUGUCAUAUGGCUCCUGGCUGUGGCCUCAGCACUGCUGUGGUGCCUCAAGCGGCGCCGGAAGCCUAGCACCCACACGGGUGUCAACACUCAGUCGUUGUCCCCGGUGACACCAGCCGAAGACCCCAACAACGCAGUCAAUAACGUGCGUGAGCAGCUUAACCAGAUCAAAAACCCCAUCGAUAAACACGGCCCGACCAAUGGCCUACCCCCGGGCAAAGAGCAUCCCAACCACCUCCACUAUCACUACGAAGACAAGAACUCGCUUGUCAAUGCCAAAAUUAGGACAAAUAACUCUGAUGUGGGGAGCCACCAUUCGGAUGAUGAGGAGUCAGAGAAGAGGCUCCAGAAGGCACGGUUCCCCAGGCAGUCGGCAUAUACGCUAGUGGACCGGGAGGAGCGGAGCCCGCAGCAUGUCAGCACAACCGGCAAACAUCCGAACUGGACUAACAAACAGGACAACAGAGACUUGGAGUCUGCGCAGAGCUUAAACCGAAUGGAAUACAUCGUAUAACGCACAGCCUGGCGACCUUGUCCUGGCCAAUUUCACCCCGUUUUAACUGUUUUUCAAUCUGUUUAUCAUAGUUCAGAUGUGAACUGAGGGGCGCUCUGAAUUUUUUGAUACUGUUGUUGUCAUAUUUUUGAAUCAAAAAGUUGUCAUUUAGCCUUCACGAAAAUUUUAAUUUAUGUUUCGACAAGCUGGCUCACACUGGCAAUAACGGUUGGCUGUGGUUUGGCUGGAUUUCAAAGUUGUUCGCGGUCUUUUGCAAAACUAGCUAACUUUGAUGCACCACUUCUAUUAAAGGAGAUAUCGAUGUAAGUGUAAGAACAUCUCUACGUUGUUCGGUAAGCUGCUGGCAAAGGAUUUACCACCCUUUUUCCUGUAGUCUUACGAAUUGUGUACGAUUAAUAUUUAUGUGAGUUUAGCUUGUAACUGGUUUUGUAUUUGAACGUGCUUCCACAGCACCACACCACAGCAACUAUCUAAAAGAUUAUUAUUUAUUCUUUUUCUUUAGGGGCAGGUUGAGUCUGUCAGCAGUUGCUGCCAAUAUGAAGAAUUUAAGUGUCAAUGUAGAAUGUAUAGAUCUGUAAAUAUUUUUUUAAUUAAUCAUUGUGUAUAUUUGAUUUAUUAACUUAAUAAUCAAGAGCCUUAAAAUAUCAUUCCUUUUUUAUUUAUAUGCAUUUGUUUAGAUUUGAAGGUUUGACAGCUUUGUAAGCUUACAACUUCCUUAUUUUUUGAUGAAAAUAUUGUUUCAAUAUGUUUCAUAAAUGCCAAAAGUGUUCUUGAAAGAAUAGUUUAUUUUUUAACAAUAGGAUGGGCAUUUUUGUGCCUGGAAAAAAAACAUGUUUUGUACAAUGUCUGUUUGAAACCAUUUCUAUGGUAUAUUUGCCAGGACUCUUUUGUAUGUUCUUGUAACUGGGAGGGAAAAACAAAUCAAUAUGGGUAGAAUAUGAUAUUGCUGCUGCAGGGUCAUUUAAAACACAAUGUGGCUGACACAUUGCUUGUCACUGAAAUGAAUUACUUUUAAGGGAACAAAACAUUAUUUUGUAGCUUGAUGUUUGCCUUCACAGUGUAUCAAAAGUGUCAUAAUUGAAAGAAAUUGUACUUUUUAGAGCCUUUGAAAGAAACAAAAUGCACACUUUGAUGUGUUUGUGAUUACUUAGCAUCUUAUUGCAAAUGGUAAUAAAGAACAAUGAGAUACUUGAAUAGAGGGGGUCCAAUAAGAACACUGUAGAACUGUCAUGUGACAUGGCCUUUCUAUAUUGGAGACCAUAAGGCUGUGAUAAAAAACAAAAAAGUUUCAUUUCAAUGACUUGCCCUAUAGGAUUAUGAUGAUGAACAUUUUUGCAUACAUUUCACUUUAGUGUGUUGAGAAUUAAAGUCUUUUGGAGGUUGUCCCUGGCAAUAAGUCUUGUUUUGUUUUGGAAAGUAAUAUUUAUUAAA